CAGCCGCCAUUGCUAAGAAAAGGGGGAAUUUGACAGUGUAUGCAUUGGUGACGACGGUCAUCGAGUGUUAUUAAACUAAAAUAUAUUCCGAAUCGUAACGAUUUCGGAAGUUGAUGAUUAGUGUUUGUGGUGUGAUGUGAUCUACAAGUGUGUGCAGGAUGGAUUAUGCGAAAGUGCCGCAUGGAUAAUCGAGGAUAUUUUUUUUUGUGAGUCGUGGAUAAGCUAUGGAGACGAAGCAGCGAAAUGGGGGGACAGGCAACAGACGCCGCCGCGACCGCGCAGCGCGGAUGCAAAAACGGCAACAACGGCAGUGUGCUGCGGCUGAGGAGGUCAGCGAAAAUGAUGAGUCUCCUCCAGUACGACAAAAAAGGCCUCCCACCAGAAAAAAGCGAAUUAAAGAACCCAUAUUUCAAGAGGAUAUAGUAGAUGGAUUCGCUUUUCUGUGCUUUAAAACCUACGAGGAUUUAGAGCGUACUGUAAAUAAAUAUGAAAAGAAAGCGGCGGAAGGUGAUGGCGGCAGCACAGAAGAUGCUACUCCUCGUCAAAAUAGUGCAGACCAUCCCCCUGUUCUGGAAGAAUCGCUGCCUCAGCUUGAUAAGAAGCCCAAAACAAAGAAAAACAACACACUGCCCAAAGUCAAAAAGAAAAACUUUUUACACAAUAAGAUUCGAAAUAACUUGAAAGAGCCCAAUCUGUCUAAUGAUGAAAACUCUAGACCCGGUGAAGAAAUCCUCGAGACUCAGAGGAGCACGUCGAGGGACCAACUUAGUGACGCUAGCAGUCAUGCAAGUUUAGAAAGAGGCUAUAUGUGUGAUAGUGAAAGUGGGGAUGAAAGAGGUUCGGAGCCAGAAUGUGAUCUGUUCAAUAGUAAAAUUACUGAUAGUAAUUUUAUUGCCAAGAAGAAUAACCCUGGUCAUUCUCAGAAUUGUCGAUCUCCCCCAGUGUUGCCUCCUAUUCAUCCUGUACAGAAUGGGACUCAUCAUCCAGAACCAUCAACUGCGGUGGCUGCUGUUACAGCAAGUGCCAGCCCUUCAAAUACUUCCUCAACCAUGGUUGUGGGUGCUGCUAGUCCACGGGAACCGCAGAUAGGCAGUCCUGCAGUCAUUCCAGUUUCUUGUUCAUCUCCCGCCUCUCCUCCUUCUGGAGUUGUUCCUGCAUCACCGCCACCUCCUCCCUUUUUACACAAGGGCCAUACUCCAGCAGUAAAUAAUAAAGAAAGUGCUUCUGGAAGCAAACUUUUGAGUAAUGGUUAUGAAUUUGUAUCAGAUACAUCUCCACCUUCACCUGUGACUGCAACCAAGUUGUUGUCACCGAGUAAAUUUCUUCACAAGAGGGCUCCUGCAGUGCCUUCAUGCAGGGAGAGUGUGGCUACAUUAAGCAAACCAGCUAUUAAUGUGUAUGAUUUUGUUUCUGACCAUUCAGCACCUUCUUCCCCUGAUGGUGUGAUUUUUUUAUCACAGUCCAAAUUUCUUCACAAGGGCAUCUCACCACCAGUUGCCUCUGUCAAUAAAGAUUCUACAGCUGACAAGAUGGGAGUGAGCAAUGGCCAUGCCACAAAUCUUUGUGUGUCUGCUCCUCCUGUACUGUCUGCUCCUGUCAUUCAAAAUAGUCACAAAAGUGCUUUGGAUAUGAGCAUAAAAACUGGUGUCUCUGUCUGCAAAACUGAACAACCACCGCCACCUACUAUCCUACCUCCUGCUAUGGCUGGUGAUCUUAGACUUCAAUCAUCUCCAGGGCAAUCAAGGUCAUCAUAUGGCAUUCCUUAUUCUACCUCUCAACCUAUACGAAAACUGAAUGCUGCAACUGACUAUUCCAAUUCCCCUAGAAUGUCACCUCUGACUAUUCCGGCAUCUCUUUCUUCACCAGUCAUUAGUGCACCUUCCAUAUUGCCAGUUUCUCCUGCAGCUGUUAAUUCAGCAGCAUCCAGCUCUAUGCGAACUUCAGUGUCUACAUCUGUUACAGUGUCGAGUGCCACGUCAUCUCAUGUGCUUGCGUCAAGAAGUCGUAGCCCAACUGUUGCGGCUUCUCACCCAAACACACCAACUCCUGUUCCUGCCAGAGAUACGCACAGUUCUCAUAGCAACAGUAGUUUGUCCAGUCUCAGUCAGUUAAGUACACCAGUGAACAAAGACAGAGAAGGAGGAGGAAGUCGCAGUCAUAGUAAUUCAAGUAAUGUUGUACCUUCUGUAAGCUCUGCUUUAACUAGCACAUCUGUGUAUGCUUCUGCUAGCAGUCUGGCAGGUUUAGUCUUCUCAAAACCUCAGUGCUGGAGUGGGAGUUCUAGCACAACUAAUACAGUAUCAACUUCAGCGCCUCGCUCAUCUCCUGCUCCUCCUCAAGCAUCACCUGCUCUGAGUAACAGUGGAAGCACCAGUCUGCCACUUCCUCCUACACUUCCACCAGCUCAUCAUACCUCUCCAUUCAACAAUCAUCCUGGACCUCCACCACCUCCACUUUUACCAGUUGCUUCACAUCAUACCAUUUUUACUCCUGGGUCACUAACACCCACACUGCCUCUGGAAUCCACAGCUGGACCUUCCCCAUAUAGAGCUGAGACUUUAUUUCCACAGCACAGUGAGUAUAAGAAACAUCCCGACCUUCUAAGAAGGGAGUUGGACACAAGGUUUUUAGCCUCUCAGGACCAUUCCAUUCCUAUACCUCCUCCUCCAUACAUGCAAAGUGAGGUUCAGCAUCAUAGCCAAAUGCAUCAACAAGCCCCCUUUAUUGCACCUCCUCCUCUUGGUGCUCCCAUGGUAACACAGCCAGCUUCCCAUCUGUAUGAAAAGUACCCAAAAUUGGAUUCAUCUCUUUAUAGAAGACCUUCUAUCGGUCUUUCUGGAUAUCCUACCGUAUCUUCACUUUUUGCACCUGGUGGAGGGGCAUCCACACCUUUCGUUCCACCUGCCCAUCUUGCAGCAUUACAGCCAAAGAUCAAUUCCGUUCAACAACCAAAGAUGAAAUGUUCUUUUUCUUUUCAGAAGCCUGGGAAAUGGUGUGCCAUGCAUGUUCGAAUAGCAUGGGAAAUUUACAAUCACCAACAAAAACAAAAGCAGGCUGAGGCCCACAAAGCUGGUAUUGCUUUAGCAGCAGCAGUUAAGCCCCCUGCAGAUCAUUUACAUGCAACAAAUCAUCUUUUUUGUUCCAUGCCACGACAACAUGAACUCUCACCUUUUUCUAGCUCUUUACUGUCUGCUGCAGCUUCUGCACAUCCUCGAUCAUUUGAACCCUCUUCUCAUCAUUCUACAUUCUUAAAUCCAACACCAGCACAUCUUGGUCCAUUUGCACGUCCUGGUUAUCCCAGUUUUCCAGGAAGUGCACCUGGUUUUGCUGGUCUUGGCCCUUUAGGUAUUCCUGGGCCUGCUAUGUUGAGUGCAGAUUUAAGGACAAGUUGUCUCACACAAGAUCCAUGGGCUCAGCGCACAGCCCUCCCCUUUGCAGGCGGAUCUCCCUGGGGUGGCCUGAAAGAGGAGGCUGAAAGGGAUCGUCUUCAGCAAGAGCGUAAAAGAGAAGAAGAAAGGCAAAAAAGAGCUGAGCAGGAAAGGAGAGAGAAAGAAGAAAGGGAAAGGAGAGAGCAAGAAAGAAGAGAACAAGAAAGGAGAGAACUUGAAAGGCAAGAACAAGAAAGAAAGGAACAAGAACGGAAAGAAAAAGAAAGGCGGGAGCAGGAAAGGAGGAGAGAACUAGAACGACGAGAAAUGGAAAGGAGAGAACAAGAAAGAAGAGAACAAGAGCGAAGGGAACAAGAAAGACAGAAAGACAGAGAUCGAGAGCUCAGGUUGCAUCAUCAACUACAGAAAAGUUCUAUCAUAAUGAACGGUGAAAUCAGGGAUCAUCAUCUUCACCAUACUCAACAUCAUCAUCCACAUCACACAGUUGCCCGUGAAUGGGAGAGGACUAGAGACUCUAGAGAGUUACCACGAUCUCCCGUUGUUCCUCCGAACAAUCCAGUGAAAUAUGAAGGGGCCUUAGAAAGGCAUUAUGCACCUCCACCUCCUCGAAUGGAAGUAAAAAUAAAGCAAGAAAGGAAAGACGAUGAACCGGUUCCAGUUUCCAGGAGCUCCAGGUCAAGCAUUCCUGGGGAUGAAAGAAUACGUAAAAGACCCGGUAGCAUUCCACAGUCUGAAACAUCCGAUCCUGUGUCUUUAGUCUCAUCUAGGAGUGUGAUACAUAACUCUGUAGCCUUGGGCUUGAACUCUAUUGAUCAUUCACGGGUAAUGGGUCCUCAUGGUUUGGUACCUUCUCCUGCAAAAGAAACAUUGGCCCAUCACUCUCAAACAUCACCACUGUGGGGUCCACUAACUCCUAGUCCUACAGUUACUACAAUUCCAGGCUCUGCUAUAGAACAUUAUAGGACUCGGGAAAUGUUACAAGGAAGACCUGAACAUGAUGUGCGUAGAUAUGAUUCCUUCCCACAACGAGAUACAUGUGCUGGAAGUGAACUCUCUCGUCAAAUCUCAAAUGCUUUAGAAUUGGAGCGGGCUGCGGUGGCUGCGGCAUAUGAUCGUUCUAAACUCCUCCCACCACCACUAAGGACAAAUGAAUCUCAUUUUACUACCCCUCCAACACUGCCACCUGCCUCUGCUUCUAGUUUCUUCUCUCCUCCUGUGAGCCCUUAUCUCAGCAGCCUGUGUAGUACAUCUGGAAGGACGAAACCUGGGCCUCCAAGCAUGUUGAAUGGACUUCCGCCACCUCUCAUUCCAUGCACUUUUCCAAUGCAAAAUCACACAGGCUUUCCCACUACUCGAACCUCUUCUCCUAUGGCACCCCACAAACUAAUACCAGGAGCUGCAGUAUUGAAUUUGCAGGAAUCUUACUUCCCCAAAGAUAGACGAGAAGUUAAUGGACACCCAUCAGACUUUGAUGCACAUCUGAGGUUAUGACAGGCAAGAAAUGGCGGCGGGUUUAGCUAGUAUAUAAAAAAAUAAAAUCGUGUAUAUAUAUUUUCUUCUUGUACAUGUAAUAUACGCACUGAAUAAUGAUAGAAUACUGUCUUGAAGAAACCCACAUGUUCCAGAGAUUUUUAUUAGACAUAAUUUAUAUUUUGGUGUUAUGUUUGUUAUGUGAUACAUUACAGAAGUUGGAUUUACUGUGGCUGAGCAAAUCGGGCUUUCGUAUUAACGUCAUUUGCUGGUUGAUAAAGUGUGUCCGCUUGAGUUUAUUUAAGACAUUUGAAGUGAUGUUGCAUAUUUGAAUAAAGUGAUGGAAAAAUGGCAAUAUCUUUAUAUGUUAAUUGUAUGAUACAGACAAACAACAAAUGACGUCAAUUUUUAUUUUAAAUAACAUGCACAAUUUUUGUUGUAAAUAAAACAAAUCAUUAACAUUA